CUCCCUGGCUGGAACAACACGCAUCAGCCUCCGCUCCGGCGGUGUACGAAGCCUUCAACUGCACUUCGUGGCCCCCGAUGCCCAAAAGCCAGCCAGCCAGCCUGUCCAGCCGCGACUCGACACACACCGCGGCGCCAGCCCGCCACCCACAUAUACACGCCCAGACGCGCGUCCUACGACUUCCUCCCCAACUCCUCCCCAGAGCGCCAAGAAGAGAUCUGGAGAAGGGAGAAGCGGAAGGCCAUUGCUAGCUAGCUCCCCGCCGUCUCCUCCCUCCUCGCUUGGUGUCGCCAUGGCCACCAUCCUGGAGAACAUCCAGAAGGCGCGGUUCCUGCCGACGAGGCCGCUGCGGGACGACCUGCCCACCUUCCAGGGCGGCGGGGGCGGCAAGGGGGAGGAGAGCCACCUCAUGGGCCUGCGGAAGCGCCUCUCCAGCUUCUCCGGCAAGAUCCAGCCCAUCUCCUCCGCGUCCGCCGAGUGGGCGUUCCGGCGCACCCGGUCGGCGCCGUCGCUGGCCGCCGAGUUCGCCGGCGGCCCGCUCAAGCGCUGGUGGGACUGGGGCCUCGGCUGGCUGCUCUCCAAGAAGCUCGGCUUCGCCGGCGACCUGGAGAUGAACGAGGAGGAGGCCGCCGCGCUCGGCCGCCAAAGCCGGGGCACCUGGGCCCACGUCCUCUACAAGGUGCGCUCCGGGGUCCGCCGCCUCGUCGCGUCCGACCACUCGCUGCCCACCUCGCAGCGCCUCAGGGGCGCCUCGCUGCCCCCGUCCUCCUCCGCGCGCCAGCACUGCAAGCCCGCGCCGCAGUUCGCAUACACCCAGAGCUUCCAGUACGGCCAGGCAAUGGCGCACUAAGCUACAUAUCUUGUGUUCUUUGGUUGGAACAAGACCAGGAUCUGGCGGUGUCGUCCGCGGGAUCCACAUAGAUACGACGGGAAAAAGGAGAAGAUUCAGGUCUCAGGUGGGUGAGAUCGACGGGGAAGAAGAAGAUGCAACACAAUUAUAUCUGGGAAUAUAGAAUUGUACUACGUAGUAGUUUACCGUGCUGCUUUCUUUUCUUUUUUGUGGGUAGAUCUGAUGUCUCUACGUAUGAUAGAUACCGAGUGAGUGUAUGGUGGUGGUUCUUUCCAUUCUUUUGGGUUCGUGGGUGCCAUGUAAAUGUUGGUGGAUCGAUUCCUUAUGUUUUUGCCUCCUGCGGUAAAUAAAAGCUAAUGCAGAUUCGUGAUUCGUCUUGAUAA